AUGGCUAUACUAAUUAUUUCCACUUUGAUCAUUUGUGUAAAAAUGAUUCUUUAUGUGUCAUUUACACAUUGCAUGGAUGUUGACUUCUGCAAACCUUCACGAGUGGAUUCCCGUGCGUCUGGAGCUCAUUUACAGAUGAAUGAAAGACGAAUUAUUUUUAGGAUAAAUGCAUUCGAACAGGAAUUUUACCUCCACCUCCAACCGGAUUCUAAUUUUCUCGGACCGGGGACUUUAAAACCAUUCGAGCUCAAUGCAUCAACACCUGCAGACCUCAGGAAAUGCUUUUAUUCCGGUAAUGUCAAUUCACAGCCGGAUUCGUUUGCAGCGCUAAGCUUGUGCAAAGGUCUCAACGGGGGGUUUUAUGAGAACGGCACAGAGUAUUUCAUCAGCCUUGCAAGAGGUGAGGACGGAGCAGACAAAACCGGGGACUCGUCAUCCAAGAGUCACGUCAUCCACCGCCGGAGAAACUCUGCGCCUCUGGUCGACAACUUCACCGGCAGGUGUGGAGUGACACCUGACUCUAACUUCAACGCUUCCCUGGAAAAAUACAAGUAUAUGAGUGAAGCGGAAUUUGGAGGCUCAUCUGAAACUGUGUUGGAAAGCUUGGGAAGGGCCAAAAGAUUUACAUCCAUCCCCAGGUUUGUGGAGGUGUUGGUGGUGGCAGAUCCAUCCAUGGGUUCCUUUCAUGGGGAUGAUUUGAAACAUUACCUCCUGACACUCAUGUCAGUGGCAGCCAAGCUUUACAAGCAUCCCAGCAUCUUAAACUCCAUCAACCUUGUGGUUGUGGGCUUUAUGGUGCUAAAGGAAGAUGACAAGGGUCCAAAGGUUUCAAGUAAUGCUGCCCUUACGUUGCGUAAUUUCUGCUCCUGGCAAAAGAAGUUGAAUAAAAACAGUGACAAGCAUCCUGAGUAUUGGGACACCGCAAUUCUCUUCACCAAACAGGAUCUUUGUGGGGCCACGACUUGUGAUACGCUGGGGAUGGCUGAUGUCGGGACCAUGUGCGACCCCAAGAGGAGUUGCUCUGUCAUUGAAGAUGAUGGCCUGCCAUCAGCAUUCACAACUGCCCACGAACUCGGUCACGUCUUCAACAUGCCCCAUGACAAUGUGAAGGCAUGUGAAAAAGUCUUUGGGAAACUAAAAGACAACCACAUGAUGUCCCCAACUUUAAUUCAGAUUGACAGGAGUCGUCCAUGGUCGGUGUGCAGUGCAGCCAUCGUUACAGAAUUUCUGGAUCGUGGUCAUGGAGACUGCUUGCUGGAUCAGCCCCAGAGGCAGCUGUCUCUCCCAGAUAACCUGCCCGGCUCCAGUUACAAUCUUCAUAGUCAGUGUGAAUUGGCUUUUGGGGACGGCUCCAAGCCUUGCCCCUACAUGCAGCCUUGCUCGAAACUGUGGUGCACGGGGAAAGCUCGUGGACAGCUGGUCUGUCAAACCAGACACUUUCCCUGGGCAGAUGGCACCAGUUGUGGCACUGGCAGAGUGUGUUACCAAGGGGCUUGCACUGAAAAAAACACUAUCAUGCAAGUCAAGGUGGACGGUAGAUGGGGGAGGUGGGGCGUAUUUGGAGAUUGUUCCAGAACUUGUGGUGGAGGUGUCCAGCUGGCCAAGAGAGAGUGUAAUAACCCAGUCCCUGAAAACGGAGGCAAAUAUUGCUACGGCCUUCGAAUCAAGUAUCGCUCCUGUAACCUCAACCCUUGCCUUGAUACAGAUAAGAGUUUCCGUGAGGAGCAGUGCGAGACGUUCAAUGGCAUGAAUAUGAACACCAACAGAUUGGGCUCAUCUGUGGUCUGGGUUCCAAAAUAUUCUGGCAUCUCCCCUAAGGAUAGAUGCAAGCUUAUCUGUCGUGCCAACGGGACUGGUUACUUCUUCGUCCUUGCCCCAAAGGUUGUAGAUGGGACGCCUUGUUCACCAGAUUCCACUGCUAUAUGUGUUCAAGGAAGAUGUAUCAAAGCAGGUUGCGAUGGGAAGCUUGAUUCCCCCAAAAAAUUUGACAAAUGUAAUGUGUGCGGCGGUGACAAUCAGGGCUGCAAGAAGGUCUCCGGAAUGUUCACAAAACCCAUUCAUGGCUAUAAUUUUGUGGUGGCGUUGCCUGUUGGCGCAUCAAACAUCGACAUCCGCCAGCGGGGCUACCGAGGAAUCGUCAGUGACGAAAACUACCUCGCAAUAAAGAACAGGCAUGGAAAGUACCUGCUGAAUGGCAACUAUGUGAUAUCGGCUGCAGAGCGCGACCUUAUGGUGAAGGGCAGUCUGAUGCGCUACAGUGGCACGGCGACAUCUGUGGAAAUUCUUCGGUCCACAAGACCGCUGAAAGAGGCAUUGACGGUGGAGGUGCUCUCAGUAGGGAAGAUGACCCCUCCCAGGGUGCGCUAUUCCUACUACGUUCCAAAAGAAAGUAAGGAGGAAAAGACACAGCGGAAAGAAGAGAAGAACACAUCAGAAAAUAGCAUCUUAUUGAACGGCAACAAAGUAGAGGCCAAAAAGAAGGUGAUGGGCAAGCAACCAGCAAAUCACUGGGUGACUGGAAACUGGGAUGCAUGCACAGUGACUUGUGGUAGUGGACUGCAAAAGCGGCUGGUGCAGUGUCAGAAGAUGGAUGGAAAUCCUGCCUUUGAUUGUGACAGCAGUGAAAGGCCUGUUUCUCUGAAAGCAUGCGGAGAUCCGUGUCCCAAGUGGGAUGUUGGGGCCUGGUCUCACUGUUCUAAGUCCUGUGGCAGGGGCUUCAAACGCCGGUCGGUGCGUUGCAUGACUGACAAUGGUCUUAAUCUGCCCAGAGAGCACUGCUCCGGAAGAAGAAAGCCCCAGGAACUCGACCUCUGUUAUCUGAGACAAUGUUAA